UGUUGCUUUCGACAGUCGUUUCGAACAAACUCCAGAUACAACCAGAGCUGAGAAGAAGCCAAGCAAUUUAUCUUCAGUGGUUGUCAUAUCAUAAUUGUUCUCUAAGAUGGCCGUACUUAAUUAUUCACCAUUACUACGUUAGCGGUAUCCAAAGACCCGGGCGGUUCUGGAUUUAUAUCACGUUUAAAUUAACGGCUUGGUCGCUCCGUCGUUCAACCGUCUAAGCUAACGGUUUUAGGUUUUUUUUUCUCCCUGGAGGGGCAGUUGUAUUUCCCCCUCGCAAUUGAAUGAAAGGGCUCUUAAUUCCUGGGAGAGCCUUCGCAUCCUCCGCCGGGUCCGCUCCGAGGGGUGGAGGCUCCGCCGGGCAGAGCCGGGCUUCGAGAUGAGGAUGCCCAGGGCAGGGCGCCUGCUCCUGGCGACGUGCCUCGGCUCGCUCUUCGUGCUUGUGCUGUACUUUCAGAACAUCACCAAGCCAGAACCAGCUGUGAGGACGGAAAGCACACCCGGGAAGAGCAGGAGAAGUCCAUUGCAGACCCUCUACAACGGAGACCAGAGCGAGUUGGCGGCUCAGAGGUCCCUCCAAGGUCGCAGGGAGCUGUUGGAGCAGGCGUGUCUGAGCCACACGAGGAAGCGCCAAGUGCUGUCGCCCGAGGAUCUCAAACACCUGAUUGUGGACGACAAACACGGCCUCAUUUACUGCUACGUACCCAAGCUCUGCACCAAUUGGAAGCGCGACCUGAUGGUCCUCACCAGCGACGGCCGCCACGUCAACCCUCUCGACAUCCCGCCAACGAGGCGACGUGGCGGGUCACCGCGCACGCUGUCGGAGUUCACGGUGCCCGAGAUCAACCGGCGCCUCCGCGACUACCUGAAGUUCGUCUUCGUGCGGGAGCCCUUCGAGCGCCUGGUGUCCGCCUACCGCAACAAGUUCACCCGCAGCUACAACACGGCUUUCCACAAGCGCUACGGCACCAAGAUCGUCCGGCGGAACCGGCCCGACCCGGAGCCCGGGGCGCUGGAGAAGGGCGACGACGUCUCCUUCCCCGAGUUCGUCCAGUACCUCGUGGACCCUCGCACCCAACGCGAGGAACCCUUCAACGAGCACUGGGAGCGCGUGCACUCCCUCUGCCACCCGUGCAUGAUCCACUACGACGUGGUGGGGAAGUACGAGACCCUGGAGCCGGACGCUCGGGCCGUGCUCCGGCUGGCCGGAGUGGAGGAGGCGCUCCAGUUCCCGACGUCCGGCAAGAGCACCAGAACCGACGGCAACAUGGCGGCGCGCUUUUUCAAGCACGUCAGCCCGUUCUACCAGAAGAAGCUGUUCAACCUGUAUCGCAUGGACUUCCUGCUCUUCAACUACUCCACGCCGGAGUACCUCAGGACUCGAUGAGGGGGCGGAGACGAGAGGAGUGACAUCGGUGACACGGACGCGUCGUUGGGGAUGAUCACUUUGCACUUUUUUGGAUUGCCAUGCACUAUUUUUCAUCACAAGCACCCACUUGAGACGACGGCCCAUCAGAACACGCAAAAACACCAAAUGCCUUUUUUUCUUUAUCCGAACUGAAUGCAGACGUGUCUUUCCCAAAAAUGUGUUUGAAAAUGCAGUCUUUACAAACCGAUCCCUCCGGUUCACUGAGAAGUCAGUAUUUAUUUAGUAUUCACUUCGAUCACCAUUCCUCACACAGAAAUGACUUGUUGGGCCGAUCUCUGUUGGCUCUGUUCUCAUGUCUGUAACGCGCUGUCGUCCGAUGUGCCUUACCGGCGUUCCCGCCAUGCCGACUACAGUCACAUUCCUCCCAGGACUCAUGAGCCAAUGAAUUAAAGUGAUCACACUUGUGAGGAGCGGGUUCUCCUCUCGCACCGGGGGCUAUGUGUGCUGACUGUGAAGCUGAACACGGCAGAUUCAAUCGAAGCACCUGCAAUAGAACUGUGGAUGGCAUUUAUUUAUGUAUGUCGGUGCAUUCAAGUAUUUAUUGUUAUCGUGUGUGCGUGAGUUAGGCUCACGGUUUUGUGAAAAUGAAUUAUAUGUGAAAGAAGGGGAGUUUCUC